AUGGAAAGAUUUUUAGCUUUAACUCAUGAUCCAUCCAGUGGAACACCUCCUAUUGAGGUUAUUAUUAAUGAAAUCAAUGAGAAUAAGAAUGUUGUUUUCUAUACAAUGGGAAAUUGGCUAAAUUCAGCAAAAGGAAUUAAUCCGACUUACACAUAUGUAUCUAUUAGAGAUAUUGUUGACUUAUCACCAUUAAAUCUAGAAAGAUCUAAAGAUCCAGAGCAAUUAAAUCCCUUACAAUCGUUUAAAUGGUUAUAUUUAAUUUAUUCACUUGUCAGCAGAAAAGUAUCUGAUGAUGAAGAACUAGAAGAAGCAAAAAUGAAAUACAUUUUCACAUCAAUCUUUGAUUUUAUCAAAUCUGUUGAUUUGAAAAUAAAUUUUGCAGCUGAAUUUACAUCAGCUGUAAUUGUUUUAGCAGCAAGAUUAUUACAGAAUAACAAUGUUAAGAUCGCUGAAAUCAUUAAUGAUCAAGUCUAUCAACAGUUACUCGCGAUUUUCAACUCUCAAAUCGAAAUCAGUACAAAGAUUAAGUUAAACAGUUUUCCAAAUCAAAAUUUGUUAUUAUUCCUUUCUCCUUUACCCAUUGAAUUCUACGAAAAACAUAAUAUUUUCAAAAAUAUUUCAUUAAUACUUAAAUCAGCAGUUGUCAGACUCCUUUUACGCACAGUUAAACAUGCAUUCCCACAAAUAUGUCUUGAUGACAUGAAAAUUUCGAUCCAAACGCUUUGCUAUGAUAGUCCAAUUUUAGAUCAAGCCACACAGCUCUUAAUUCACCUUUUCAAGGACAAUUCCAUCGAAGCAUACAAAUACAAAGAUCAAAUUCGUUACCAAACUCUUUCAAACAAGUUAAUUUCUCAUUCUGAUACAACAAAUUGUUUCAAGAAGCCAAUAAACUACAAGAUCGCUCUUGAAUUAUCCCAAGAUCUCCUUGAAAUCGAGAAAAUUGCUCAAGAACAUCCAGAAGUCUGGGAAGACUUUUUAUCAGAAAAUACCAAACUCCAAAACGCGUUGGAAGACAUAUUAAUGAGCGACUACGAUGAUCAAUUCAUUGUUGCCGUGGUAUCUUUGUUAUGUUUAGGCCAUGCAAAGGUCAAAAACAUCGAAUUAGUUUCAAAAUUAUUCUUUACAACAGGAAUUCAAAGUGUUCGCAAGCAAAUGAAGGAUUUACUUCUUAUUCAACCCGAUGUAUCAGCUUCCAUCAUCGCUAAACACUUCAAAGACGCUUCAAAUCAUGGAUCUCAAUCCGAAAUUUUCUUUUCUUUAGUUACAGAAUUAAUUAAAUUGAUUUCUGAUCCGAAAGACCUGAUCAAUUCACUUUUAGUGUCAUUGAGAACCGAAUACGACCUUCUUAAGCUUCAUCCGAACAUAUAUAUCUAUUCAGAACUCCAAAAAUUCAUUGACAUUUCGAGUUCUUAUUUGGAUGAACAACCAUGUGCUGUUUGUAACAACCCGGAGAGAUUGCCAACACUAAGGAACUCUAAAGAUAUUGUUGACGGGUACAAAUACACGCACGAAGAUGUAUUAAUGAAGCUGAAACAUCCUUUGAUCAUUUCCAGUUUCAUUUUGAGUUACAACAUCAAAAAACCGGAAAAAUUCCCUCAAACAGUCAAAAUUUUUGUUUGUUUGGAAAAGAUAUUGGACAACAAUCAACUUCUUGAGAUCAAAGAGUGGAGAUUUAUUUCGGAAAUGAAGUUAAACAAAAACGAAAGAGCAUCAAAAUUGGAUUUGACUCUUCCUGUAACUGCGACAUGCGUAAAAUUCCAUUUUUGUGAUAUAAAAGAAGAACAAACACAUAUUAUUUAUUGUCCGGCAUGUCACAGUGAAGUAGACCAGAGAACAGGAAGAUGUCCGAACUGUCCAGAAAACGCAUUUCACUGCAGAAAAUGCAGAGAAAUUGAUGUUGUCCAUCCAAACAGAUUAAUUUGCACUUCUUGUGGAAAUUCAAACUUUUUGGAGUAUUCAAUUCAAAUGAAUUGUGUCAAAACAUUCUCACACACGAGAAUAAACUCUGAUGAAGAUAUGGAACAGAGUUUGGAGAUGAUUGACAAUUUGAUGUCAAAAGUUCACAAUACAUUGAAUACUUUACAAGAAUACAAAGGAAAAAUUGAGUUUUUGUUGAGUCCUACAAACGAAAUCUCAGUGAACCAAAGGACAUCGGAACUCAAAGUCAUCUACAAUGAGAAAUGCAAGCGAUCCUUCCAAGAAUUGACUGAAUUCGUGCAACACGUAUCAGCAAUCAGACAAAGUGUCUCAAAAUACGUCGGUUUGACAAAUUCAUGCAAUUGCGAAUGCCCAGAAAACAUGUGCUACAACUGCAAGCAUAUGUAUAUUACAAAUGGUUUGUCUGUCAUCGGAAAGUUCGCUGAGAUUUCAACAACAGAUGUUUCCGACGCCAUGAAAUUCUUGAUUUCUUUCUGCGAUGUGGAACAAUUCUCAAGUUCUGCGAUCAGUUCACUUCUGUCAUUUUGUAAACUCAAUGAGAAUUUGACAGAUAAAAUUAUCCAAUUGUUUUUGGAUAGUCUGCCAAAUCCAUCACCUCACCUGGCCAAUUUACUUUUCCAAAUUUUGGAAAUUGAUGAUAAAUUUAAAUUAAGAAGAUACAAAGCGGUUUCAAAUGUUCUGAUUGAAACAAUGAAACAUGUUGAUAAAAAUCCAGCACUUGUAUCCAUAGUUGUUCAACCUUUAUCUCGUGCUUUGUUGAAAUCAAAUCUGUUGUUAAGAAAUCGUGACGAUUAUUUGAAAUUCAAUAUUUUGAAUACUCUUUCAAACAUGAAAUUGCAAACCAUUGACAUUUUUGACAAUUUCUCUGAAGAUUUGAUCAGAAGUUUAUUGUUUAGUUACAAUUCACAAGUCAGAAGUGAUGUGUCAAAUCUUUUAUUUGACAUUUCAACAAUUUCUGACAAAUACUUCAACAAAGUUUUUGAUUUCAUCAACCAGUCAUUUUUGAAUAUCCAGAACUUAAAGAAGAAAGAGAACGACCAAUGUUUGGAUUUAUUGUCGAAAUUGAAUGAAUUUUCUCAAAAAACACAUAAUCAUUCAAUAAAUUCGAAAAUUAUUGAUAAUUUAAUUGACAAAUUACUUAAAGAAACAGAGCAAACAUAUAGAGAAGAAAACUAUUUGUCAAUGGAUCUUUCUGUUGGCUACAACAUUAAAUUAAUAACAAACAUCAUUAAACCAUUUAUAACUAAUGAUGUUGAUUUGUUAUUUAUUUGCGAAAAGAAAUCUUAUUUAAUUGAAAAACUCGCAAAAUCGUAUUUCAUUCUCAAAUCUCUCAUUUUGCAGAGAUCUAAAUAUUUAGAAGAUUCUUCAGAAAUCAUAAAAUCAGCAAUUCUUAAAAUAUUAAGUUGCAAAUUUAUGAUAAAUGAAGAGGAAAAAUUCACAAAAAUCAGUGAAAAGUCAGCAAGUUUGAUUGUGAAAUCAUGUGCUGAAUGUUUAUCACAGAUGAAGAAAUCCCAGAAAAUGAUCAUCAAAGAGAUGAAUGAGCUUUUAUUCCCCAAGCACAAAGCGAAAGAAUUCCAAAUUGUUUUACAAAAAAUUAGGACACAAGAAAUAUAUAUUCCUGGAAGAAUUUCUUCAAAUCCUUUCUCUAAUUACACAAUUGGUCCGAAAAUGGUUGACGUCAAAAAGAAGAUUUGCGCAGAUUUGAACAUGCCGGACUUGAUGCAAGACCCGCAUUCCAUGGAAUUGUUGGUGAAUGGAAAUAUCAUUUCUUUGGAUUUGAAUGUCGAAGAUGUUUAUAUAAACGUUUGGGAACCGAGAUCUCAAAACAAACCAAUGCUUGUGAUAUUCAGAUUACAAGGUUUGGAUGGUGAAGCACAAGAACCAAUGAUUACAUCAUUCAGAAAUAAUCAGGGAAGUGAAGUGACAGACGAUCAAAUUCAGAAAUUUGGAUUUUCAAGGAUUUUAGCAAAAAGUGACGAUUUAUUUGUUCCUUUCAUCGAUUCCAUUGAAAUUUCUCCAACAAUUGCUUGCAAUGUAUUAACUGCUUUUUGCCAAAUCCAAGAGAAUGAAAAGAAGAUCUUAGAAUUCAAUGUUAUUGAUAAACUGUUGGAUUCUUUGAAGAAAUUAACAGAAAAAAGUGAAAAAUUAAAUGACAAAGUCGCAGAAAAAAUGAUUCCUGUACUUGGUCUCGCAAAUCUUCUGGUUAAUUUCGAUCAUUCCAAAUUGAAUGAUGACGAUAAAAUUGACAGCCACAUUGAAUUUAUUUUGAAAGCUUUACAACUCGAUAUUGUCAAAAAUUCUGUGCAGCUUCAAUCCAAUUUAUUGUCAUUAUUACCUCAUUUUGCCUGCAGAAGGAAAUCACUGAUGAAAACAGUUAUGGAGUUCUUUAUUGGCGGCCUGAGACCAAAGAAUUCGACAGAGAAAUUCAAUUUCUACACGAAUUGUUCAAAUAUUUAUUUAUUGAACAGUUUCAGUGAAUUCGUGAAUUCUCUUCCAAAUAAUGACGACGAAAACAAUUUGAAGGGUUCGAUUGGCCAUUUCCUAACAGAUGCAAUAAAUUACGUCGAAGAAAACUUUGACUUAAACGAGGGUCCGAAAUCAAAACAAUGGGAGAAAUCAGUUACAAAAGAAACUCUUCCUGCAGCUCUCAAAACUUUGUCAGGAAUGGCAUUUUCUGACAUCUUGCAACAGCACUUGCAGAAAGAUGAUUUUAAGUUUUUGAAAUUGAUUUUGCAGUUGAGAAAUGUCGCAUCUACAACUGAUAUUGGUGAAAUCGCGGAACAAAUCGUGAAGAACUUGAAUUUAACACCGAUUUCUGAAAAAUUAAAUUCAUUGAUUGAAGAAGAAAAGAAUUUAAUCAAACAGAAGUCGAACGAAGAAAGAGAAAAGCUUCUCAAGCAAAAUGAACAGAUGAUGUCUAAUAACAGUCAGCUCCAGAACCUCCUUUCAAUGCUUGGAGAUGAAGAAGACCAAAUUUCUUGUUGCAUUUGCAAAGACGGUUUUGACUUUUUGCUAGAUGAACCUUUAGGAAUUUACGGUUACUUCUCGAAGGAAUCCAAUUUGGCGACACAUUUCGUUUUCGUCCACCAGAAAUGCCACUACUCAGAACUCAAAACCCCAACACAAAGAAUGAAUGAAUGGCAAUCCGCAAGUGUCAGAAAUGUCGAAUCUCCAUGCAAUUGUAUUUAUCCAAUUCCUUCUCCAAAUGAAGUGAUUUCCAACUAUGCCAACAAGAUCAAUAAGUUCUACAGAUCGGCAAGGAAUAUCACCAGCGAUAUCAACUACCAUCUUGAGAUCGUUUCGCAAGGAAAGUCCAUCAAUUUCAAGAUGGGAGGUGGUUCUUUGGUAAAUGAUAUCAAAGUUUUGCCACUUUUGUUUUACGGUUAUUAUUCGUUAAUUGAGAGUUCAAAGCGCCAAAUCAUUUCCAAACUGAACUCAACAAACAGUUUAACCAAACAAGAUGCUGUAGACUGUUUAUUGCUGAUGACAAUUGAAGAGUGGCGACAUUUCAGAGAAAAAAUUUUGAAAGAUCUUUUGUCAAAUUUGGUCAAAGAUGUUCCUGAGAGUGAAAGAUUUGGAAAGAUCAAAUCAACUGUCAUUUACUUCUUAAUACUAAACGAAGCAAAUGAAAUGAUUAAGAAGGAGACAGGAAGAAAACCAACAGAGAAUGUUUUCAUUGAAGGAAAUCCUGAUGAUAAAUGGAUUAAUGAUUUCAUUGAAAGAAUCAACAAUAAUUUCAAUGAAGUGCUGAGCGAAUGGCAAGAUUUGGCUGAUAAAGUUCAGGAUGAAUUCUUGCAGAUUGAGGAUAUCAAUACUGCUUUGAUUUUCGCAAAUAUGGAAGUAGAAAAUCCAAAUACUUGGUUGACAACAUUAUAA